GUUACCUAUAUUAUUUUCUAGCAGUUCUUUUUAGCAUAUCUUGUACCGGAAUUAUAACUACUAUAUAGAUCUAGAUCUAGAUCUAUGUAACGAUCUAUAUAUCUAUAUAGAUAGAUCUAGAUACUAUGGUAAUUCUGAAUAAUAGCAUGAAUCAUAAAGCUAAUUAAAAUAGGAUUUUAUGGUCAAGAAUUCUAGUGAUCUGCUGGCGAAUAUGAUAAUCAAUAUCAUGUGAUGAUAAUAUUCAUGAUUGAUUGACAUGAACCAACAAUACAAAAAAGUGUCAAGACAGUCAAGUGUAAUAUAGACCUGUAGUUUUACAGAUAUCACACAAUGACCUUUGCAUCAACAAAGCAGAUCUAAAUAAUUAAUAUGGAUGCAAAUAUAAGACGAUUAAUUGUUAAAGCUCAAAGCAGUGAAGGUGAGGAAAAUCCUGCAUUACUCCAGGCUCAUACUCUUCUUCAAAAUGUAGCAAGGUCUAGAGCAUCUACAGACAUACCUGAGUCUUUUGGACAAGACUUGUAUGUUUUGUGUGCUGAAGUAGCAUACCAGCAUGGUUUUAACAACAUUGCAAAGGAUUGCAUACAGAUGUUUUUUAUGAAACAGCCAGCAUCAAAUCAAUUUCUAGGUCGUGCAUAUCUCUGCCAGGCUCAGUUAUUAGCUCCUAAAGAUGCAACUGAUAAUGAACAAUUUGAAAAAUCUGUAACAUACAUUCUGAAGACCAUUUCUUUUGCCAAAGCUAAUUCCAGGUACCACUUUCUUGUAUACAAUGCAUCAGUAAUCUACUGGCAGCUAUGUAGACCGUUUCUGAAGUCAGGAUGCCGGCAAUACUUGGUUCAAAGCUUACAACAGAUAGUCAAAGCACUUGAUGAAAUUGAAGAUAAAGACUCGGAAUGGCGUGCUCAGCUCAUGAUAGCUUUGGUUGAAUGUAACAUUGAUGCUCACAAACGCAGUGAAGCUUCACAGGUUGCUUCUACUGCUGCUGCAUUUAUUAAGACAAAUGUUCCUUCUCUCUAUAAAAAAAUAUUUGGUCUUAUGACCAGAUACCAACUUGGAGAUGUUUCAAAAAAUCAAAAAGAGCUUAAAAGUUCACCAGAGCUUGCUUUAUUUCACAGAAUCUGUAAAUUAAAAAGUUCUCUGAACUUAACAAGUGUGAUUAAUGAAGACCAACUGGUAUCACAACCUAAUUCUGUUAUGAUGUUUUUAGAGGAGUCUGAGAAAGAUUUAAGCAUUGUCAACUUGGAACAAGGAGAUUCCACAAUAAAUUAUGCUGCUGAGAUAGAAAGUAUUUUAAAUCUACUGGGAUCUUCUGACUCUGCACUACAGGUAGCAGCUAUUGAUGGAAAGACUUCAGCAGAAACUCUUAAAGAAGAUGAUGUUGAGAAGAAAGAUCGCAAAUUCCCAAAAUCUGCAACCAAAGCUCCAGCUCUACCAAAGAAAGUGCCACAGACUCCUUCUGAUAAACGGUUAUCAAAGAGAGAAAGAUGCAAUCUCUUGAUAGAAUUAGCAAGAUUAUGUCUUGAGCUGAACUUUCCUGAUCAUGCCAAUGUUUGUGUGGAACAAUUAAAAACUCUUUCACUUCAGGAUCCAAGUGUGUGCCUUGAACAAGAAUUUAUUGAAUGUGAACUGAUGGUCAAGAUACUUGGAAAGAAGCAAGAAAGUUUUAAGAAAUCAGUUAUUGAUAUAAGAGUCCAAGCCAUCAAGAGAUGUGAGGAGGCAAUUAUGAAUGCCAUACGCAUUGGUGACCCAAAUGUGAUUCAGGCAGGUUGUGUUACUCAGUGGAACCUCUGCCUUCCACUUUUGCAGCCUAACUUGAGAAACAAAGUGAGGCGACCUUUGACUCUUGUGGCACAAGCUUUAGAACAAAUAGACAGUUUACUGGUGCAGCUUCGAUGUCAAGUUCAUACAGAGCUGUCUCAUUGUGAAGAAGAUCAGGAACAGAUCCAGACUGCCACAGAAAACUUGAAAAAAGCGUUGCUGCUUGAUGAUACUGGUGUGUAUCAUGAUAAGCUGGUAUCAACACUCAAGCGUUUAGAACUAAGAGCUCAGCUGUACAAGCAGCCAGAAGGAACAGAAGAUUUGGCAGCCAUGAUCAUAGAACAGGCACGGACAGCUGAUUCUGGUACAAAAAGCAUGAAACGAUCUAUGCUUGUCAAGGCAGGUGAAGCCCUUGCACCUGAUAGUUUUUUACUAGUUUUAGACAGUGAGAAUGAUACAAAAGUUGUGUCCACUGGCAAAGAAGCUUUAACUAAAGUCAAGCAGCUUUCAGGUAAAGCUAAACAGUACAAAAGCUGUAUUGUUAAAACUGAAGGACAUCUUAAUAGAACUGGAGACUCCAAUAUCAUGGAAAGGAUAAAAUUAUGGGUUGACCUUGUCAAAAUAGCCCGUAAACAAGAAGUUUGGGAUGUUUGUAGAACUGCUUGUAAAUUUUGUCUGCUGUAUGAUGAUGACAAAGUUUUAAUGACUAUACAAGCAUUAGACAAUUCUAAUGCAAACAAGUCUGACUCAAGCCAAAGUGACCUAUUAAGGGAAGAGUCAUCAAUUGAGUUGGAAAAGAAAACAUCCAGUGUGGUCUCAACACAGGUUGCUACACCACAAACACAGAUUACUCCCAUCAUGAGAGAGUUCAUAAGAAUGUUUGCAGAGGUUUCAUUCAUUCAGGGGGAGGCUUUAAUUCAACUCUUGAGAUCACACAAUGUGGAACUUAAUCAAAAGCCCUUGUAUCCUGAAGACAAAAGCAAGAAGCCAAAAGGUUAUGUAGCUAAGAAGCCAGAGGAAGAUUUGGAUUGGGUAGAAUACAGUGAUUGGCUCAUGGACUUAUCUAAAGAAGCCACUCAAAGUUUUCUGCGAGGCCUAUCACUGGGUGUCUCUAUCAAUGAACCAUGGAUUGUGUGCAGUGCUGCAGCUUACAUCUGGAACUACAAUAAUCAUAUUAUUAGUCAGGGAGAGGAAGAUCAAAUCUCCUCUGACUUGAACAUUGUUCUGGAGGGUCUUAAGAAAGUUGGACAUGCUGGAGAAACAGUGAUGCUGGUGAAUAUUUGCAAUGCUUUAGCAAAUGGAUACAUGAAGAAUUGGAUUCCCAAACGUGUGGAACCUGAAAAGCUAGAGAUUAAAGCAGAGCUAGAGAUUCCAAUACAGAGUGCCAAAGGCAAAAGUGCCAAAGGUGUUCAGAUAGCCACAAAAGUAUCCAAGACAGCAAGUUUAGCAACUGUUUCACCGGAAGCUUUAGUUGAUCUUAAAAAAGCUAUAGAGGUCUGUGACCUAGCAAUGAAGAUUACAAAUGGAUCAGAACCUGAAGAUGUUGUGCCAAUAUACUCCAGGCUUCCUAUUUUGCAGACAUGGGUCAAGGCCAAGCAAUUGGCCCAGCAGCAAAUAUCGAAAAACUUAGGGGUUGAGGAUGAUAAUAAGAAAGGAGGACAAAACUCAAUGACCAGAGCUAUAGUUGCUGUGGAGAUACUGAGUGUCAACAAAAAUGGACAAAUGGAAUUUAAAGAUAAUCCAUCUUUAGAGGAAACCUUUCAUAUGGUUAGUGAAGCCAAGUGGAGUGAUAAAUUUGUUGAACUGCAACUUUGGGCCAGACUCACUGCUCUGGCAUAUGCGGAUCAUAUACACAACCAGGUUUUGACAUGUUCCAAAAAAACUUUAAGUUUUGAGAACAAUCCAUUGAAACUAGACAGAAAUCAAGAGAAAGUCAAACAAGAAAUGUUGUUCUAUUCCUGUUUACUUAUGGGUCAAAGUUUAGUAGAAAACAUGAAAGGAAGAAAUACUAUCAGACGUGAAGCAUUGGAAGCGUUUGUCAACAGUGCUAAGUUUGCUAAAAAUGCUAGCAACUAUGAUUUGGUUAUGAUGGCAGCAAGGCAUUUCUGGAACACAUGUCUACCUUUAGUUGGGCAGCCAAUUGAACGGGAACUUUUGAAAGAACCUUUAAAAACAAUUCUUAAUGCAAUUGCUGCCGUUGCUGAUAAAAAUGUCAAGGAUGCUUCCUUAGCAGAAGAACAAGAGAGGGAUGAGACAGAUGGCAGAAAAAGCAGCAUUAAAGAAAGUACAAAAAUUGACAAUGAUCUGUCUUUACGAGCUGCCAUGUAUGGAGUUUUGUUUCAAUCUUUUGCUGAUAAGGGUGAGUGGGAUCAAGCUCUCCAAUCCAUUGAUAAUGCAGUGUCCUGUAUGCCUAGAACAAAACACAGACUGAUCCUGUUCAAACACAGAGUUAUGGUCAAAGCAAAACUUGGACAAGCUAUUGAUAUGGACAUGCAGAAAUUUAAGGAUGAGCCUGAAGAUUUUGUGGCAAACAUGUGGCACAGAGUAGCUUUAAGUUCAAAACUAGCUUCAGAACAGAUGAAGUCAUAUCAAAAAGCUAUUGAUAUUUUAGAGAAUCCUAGCAAUGUGUACCAGAAAGUGGAAUACAUAAUAGAGUUUGGUCAGUGGCUUUACUGCAACCAUUUUCCUAUUAAAGUUGUGCAGGAUCUUUUAGAAUGGGCAGUAGACUUGUUACUCAGCAUCAAGCCUCCUGAGAUUGUUAAAGCAAACUCAGAAGUAAAGCGGACUAAAGGGUCAAGACGUCAACUUUCACAGACUUUAGAUAUGAAAGACAAACCAUCUAGCACUUCUGUAUUGCCUGCUAAUACUCCAAAACAAAAAGAUGUCUCAUCCAAAAAUGUCAGUUCCAUAUUGCAGCCCAAGAGUCCAGUGAGUAUGGUCAAUAGAGAUGAAAGUAAAUUGGAUCAAUCUGAUUCACUCAGGACUUCAGAUUUAGGUAGAACUCCCUCCCCCUCACUUAGUCCAAUCACUCAACUGAAAGACAUUCGUCAGUUAGAGACUUUGUACCGUAUUCACAUUGUGCUGGCUGAGAUGUUGGGCCUGGACUCUGUUCAUUACAAGGACACACUGUUGACUGCUUACAAUAUUCUUAUGAGACUUUGGGAGGCUCUGAUACGUUAUUUUGGCCAACCAAUGAAAGAUAUUUCUAAAAAUGUCUUGAAAGAGGACGCGCCUGCAACAUCUUCAGGACCCAAAGGAAAGAAAGAUGAAAAAAAGAAAGAUGAUAAAGAGAAAGUACAACUGCCAAAACGUAAAAGGAAAUUCCCACUUGAUGUUCUGCCAUCAGAUAUAGAGUCUUGGGCGAUUUAUGAUUGGCCAGAAGAAGGUGUGGUUGCUUUUAAAGUAGAUACUUACAAGUCUAUGUCUCUGAAUGAGGUCAAUUUUCCAAAACCUAUGCUGACCUAUCACUACACUGACAGCUUGAUUAGACAGUUGAUCAAGGUAGGCUACUCUCAGUUCACUCUUCCACUUCUGGCAUUUGAAGAUCUUCUGUCAAGAAGCGUCUUGUCAAGUCAAGCCCUCAAUAAAUUAGUGCAUCUCAAAUCAUUAAUCAUAUGUCAGGAGCUGAACCUUAAAACUGGAAUCAAUUUUCAUCAAAAAAUUCUUGGAAAUCUACACAUAGCUGAAACAGACCAAGCAGUAAGCAGAAAUGAAAUCGCCAAAUGGCAAGAACUUCAACUUCAAGUAGCAAAAGAAGAGCAAAGAGUAAGAGAAAUUUCUGCCCUGGAACAAUCAAUAUCAUCCAAAAUUGCUAUAUCAUCAGCUUACUCUGCACAUGCCAAUAUUAGACAGGAUGACUCUGAACUAGGUGCACCUCAUCUUGGUAAAGUCUAUGGAGCAGUGUCUGUGAGAGAUGUUUGGACUGACACUGCUGAGCUUCUUAUCAAACAGGUUCAGUAUCAAAGAGCAAGAGAAUAUCUAACUGAAGCUAACAUAGCAGCAGAAGCAUUCAAUGAUAAGCCUUUACAAGCCAGAAUUCUGUUUCUAUUUGCCAAAUUGGCAUACCAUGAAGCUCAAUAUGGACAAACUGUUGCAUUGUGUACUAAAUCACAGGAACUGGGAGAAGCUGAAGACAUAUUUUGGUACAAAAGUAUAAAGCUGCUAGCAAAUGCUGUGGUCAUGAUGAAAGCUGAUAAAGAAAAUAUAAAUAAAGCCAAGAGACUAUUGAUAGAGGCGAUAAAUGAAUUCACUGCCCAUGGAGAUUCUAAUCCCAACAGAUACAAGAUCACCAGAUAUUAUUGUGCUAAACUAGAAGUCAAAUUGCUACAGCUUUACAUUGACAAUUUACUGUUGAAACUGAAGGUGGACAAAUCUGACCAAACACUUGAAUUGAUUUAUGCUGGAUGUGAGCGCUAUGAGUCCAUAACAAAUCAAUUAAUUCAUCUUGGACACUGGCUAGAUGCAAGGAAGUUAAUCCUAAAGCAUGCACUCCUCUUUAAACAUUUAGCCAUGGAAACUACAGAUGCAAAUAUUAGCAAGAUUUAUUAUAUGGAGGCUAUGAAUGUCUUAAAACAAGCUGUCAAUUUGUCAGAGAAAGUUUUUCAUGAUGUCCAUUCUCUGGUUUCUCUUGCUCAGAUGAAGAAUUUAAGUACAGCUGUGCAGAGAGAGCUAGCAGAAGUGAACAUUGAGAUGGCUGAACUUCUGACUCAUAUUUUGGCAAUCAGACACACAGAGUUGCGUCAGGAGCAGAUGCAGCAAGAAAAGAAAACUUCAAUCAUUCUCCAGAUUGAGGAGUUUGUUUGUGAGACACCUGUUUAUGAAGGUCAUGAUAAAGAAUGGCUGGAUGUUUGCAGUGUUGCUGGGAAUGAAGCGAUGUCCUAUUUGUUAAGUGCUCAAAGUUUGUGUUCCACUGUUAUAAGGAUGAAAGCAAAGUGUUUAGUUACUCUAGGGAAACUUCUUCACACUCUUGCUGAAUGUGAAAGUCCUGAACCUCCAGCUCAGUGGACAGUCCAAGACAUUGAAAUAAUGAAAAUGCAACUUGCUGCUGAAGAAGCUGAAGCUGCUGCAGCUGUGGCUGACAUAGAUGUUGAGGCUGAAGAGUCUGAAGAUGACUCUAGCAUACUGCCAUCAGAAAAUCAAGUUUCCAAAUUGCAGCAAGAACUCUUUGAUGUUGAAGAAAAGAAAAGAGCAUCCAAGUAUAGGGCUCAGAUAAUUCAGAAACAGCUUGAACAAGACAAAUCUCUUCAUCUUUUUAUGUGUGCCAGUGAAUAUUUGUACCAAGGCUUAAAUAUUUGUCUUCAGAAUCAAAUUCUGGAUGUAGCAAGUAUUGCCUCGUAUGAGCUUGUGAAAUUAUUGGCUCAGUUUGAUUCUCAUGCUUCUUCCCUCAUGCUGGCUCUCCAUCAGAGUUGUCAGACUUCUCUGAAGCUUGAGAAACUGCUCAUUUCAUCUCUGCCUGACCCUUCAACUUCUAAACUUGCUGCCAUUUUGCACCAGAAAAAUCAUCUGCUUAUGAAAGAUGUCACAACAAAUAACAGUGUCAGUCCCAUCUACAGAGAGUUGAAGUUGUCCUUGAAUGCAGACUGGCAGGCUGGAAAAAAAUUAGAAGUGUCCACCAAUCAUCAAGACUUAUUAAAAGAGUUCCCAUCUAAUUACAACUUGAUUAUACUACAGCAUUCUCCUGAUAAGAAAUUUCUUUAUGGUUCUAUUCUUGAUAAACCAAAGGGUUCUGUAAUGGGAGUUUCAAAAGCAAAAGAUAAAACUGAUAAAAUCAAGGAUAAUCUGAGUACCAUACGAGAAACUCCUUUAACAGAAGAUUUCAGCAGAGCCAGAAUAUUUAGUACACCUGUCAAUUAUAACAGUCUUCUAAUUCUGGUGGAGAAAGUUAAAGCCUACAAGCAACAGCAGCAAACAGUUCUGCUGCGAAGAGAAUUUCACUGUGUCCAAGUGGCACAGAGAGAGAAGAUGAUGGAGAAUGUUGAGGCCAGCCAGAAGAUUCAGAUUAAGGUAGCAGAAAACUAUGAUGAAGAAGAAGCUGAAUUAGAGUCUCUAUUUACAAAUAUUGUAAAUGAAAUGAAUUAUUAUCUGCAACCUGUUCUAGAACCCAUUUGCCAUUCCUUAAGGUAUCCUAACAGCUCUGUGGGUAUGAACAUUGCAGGGCAAGACGUAACAUCCAAGAUAAGUAAAGAAACUGCCACACCACAGAAUGAAUGCUUGGUUUUGCUGGCAGACAUUGACCUAAUGGAGCUUCCCCUUGAAGCCUGUGUGCAUCUACAAAUAGUAGAAGGUGUCAUCUCUGUCAGUAGAGACUUCUCCUUGCAGCUGCUGCGUAAACGUGUGCCAGAAGAGAAAAAAGAUGAAAAAGAAGAAAAAGAUGCGAAGAAGAAAACCUCCAAAGAUGCUGUCAAUGUAAAUUCAAGAAUUCCUGGAGCCAGGGAUGCUAAACAAAAGCAAACUAAAGUUGUUCCAUUAAAUAGAUUAGUUCAACCCUGGCAAACUGAAGUGAAUACAAAUAAUUUUAAAUACAUUGUUGAUCCAUAUUUGGAGUGUUCAGAUGGAGAAAGGAAGAAGCCUAUAGAGGUUAUAAAUAGCCUAUUAACUACUUAUGAAUCUCAAUUUACAUCAAGGUGGCUGGGUGUCACAGGAAGCAUACACACACCAAGCCUGGGAGAAUGGGAGAUUUACAUUUCUGAAAGCAGUGCAUUUAUUUUCUAUGGUUUUGAAAGAUUUUUAUCCUACAUCCCACCCUCAAAGUUGGCAACACUCAAUAUACCAGAUUGCAGUAUUUUGUUCUCAUUUGAUCUUUCUGAAACAGCUAAAAGUUUUCAAAGGCAGAGCAAACUUGAUCUUCAUAAAUUACCCAGUCUAUUAUCUCUGGAAGCACCAGUAGAAAUGGCGAUGCUUUCAAGCUUGUCAGGAGUCAAAUGUAUCAUAGGCAACCAAUGGCAUGCGUCUCUAAGUGAAAAUGCCAUCAAGCUAGAAGAGACUAUGGAAUAUUUACUUAAGAAAGGUUACUGUACUGGUCAAGCAUUACACAUGAUUCAAAACCCCAUCAAAGCUUACACUCUGUCAAAACUUGAAUCAAUGGCUGCCAAAUCAGGUCAGAAAUCUGCUGAAUCCAAAGCAGAUUCUAAAGCCAAUAAGGGUCAAGCUGCUGAGCCUACUUUGAUGCAAAGGCCUAGUUUGCCUGAGUCAGGGGAAAUUGAAAACUAUCCUGUAGUAACCAGAGCAGCCUUCAAUACAGUGUGCUAUGGAAUGCCAAAUUUAAUUGUUACGCAGUAAGAUAAAAUAUAUACAGCAAUUAAUUUUCAAUAAAAAACAAAAAAAAACAAUAAACAACAAUAUGUCGGACAUGAUUGAGCUGAUAAAAUUAUAUAUUUUUUGAAAUAUUUUGUACUUGAAUACAAUGUUUUGAAAGGAACUUAUUGUUCUAUUAUGGCCAACAAAAUACUAAAACUGUCAUAAAUUUAAGAUAUAAAUAACUCCAUUGGAUGUUAAUAUUUAAAGUUCUCAGAAUGUUUCUGUAUGUCUGUUGUACAUUACAAUUAUCAUUUUUAACAAUUUUUCUGUUUCUUAUUUUUUUAAUUAAACAUUGGUUUACACUUAUCAAGAUUAAAAUGAAAACCAAGCUUUACACUUGUAAAGAUUAAUAUAAAAACAGAGUCCUUAUAGUGAAAUAUUUUGUUUUCACAAAUCAAGCUCUUAAGGUAAAUGCAGAUUGAUGACACAACACUGAAAUCAAAACAAUAAAUAAAAUUUUAAUGAAAAUGUGACUUUGAAAUUAUGGAAUUUUUAUAUGUAUCUAAAUUGUCAUAUGGAAUAGUAGCUAAAUGAACUAAGUGUACUCUAAUUCAAGAGAAACAACUAAACAUUGAUGAAUUUGUAAACAUGAGCACACAUCUGUAGUAAAAACAUUCUUCAAUAGGACAUACAUUGUAUUUGAAAAGCAUGAGACUUCUGCUGCUUAUAAUGGCAUACAAUUUAUGCGUAAAGAACAUAACUUCUGCUGUUUAUAAUGACAUACAAUGUAUUUUUAAAGAAUAGGACUUCUGCUGUUUAUAAUGACAUACAAUGUAUUUGUAAAGAAUAGGACUUCUGCUGUUUAUAAUGACAUACAAUGUAUUUGUAAAGAAUUGGACUUCUGCUGUUUGUCUCCCUAAAAAUGACUGAAUUAGUGCAGCAGCAACUUUUAAGCUGCAUAAACUGCUUCAUGUCUUCAGUCACAAUUAUGUUUCCCAUAGCUUGAAGAGAUAUAGGUUGUGUUUCUUUGAUAUUUAUAUAUAUUAGAAUUGUCUAUUACAACAAAACCUACUAUAUAUGUUGAUUUUCAUUUUCAAAAAUAGUUUUAAAAAUUUCCUAUCACUGUGAUACGUUGAAAUGUUAUAAUUUUUGACUUCAUUAAAGUAAAAUAGUAUAUAUAUAAUCAAUGUAAAUAUUGUUUGAUAAAUACUCAAACUUUUAAUUUAAAAAUAGUUCCUAUAAUGUUAAGCCCCAAAACAUUUGAGUUUUUAUCUUGACAUAUAUAUAAAAUAUAUUUAUUUUUCCAUUGUUUUUAUGACAGAAUGUAAUAAAAUAGUAUUUUCAACUUUGCCAUCUGCCAUAAAUUAAUGUUUCAAUGAGUUCAGCUCUCACUUGUUGAGUCAAAGUAGGCAUACCCUUCAUUACUCUGAAACCAUGAAACAAAAUAAAAUUGAUAGUUUGAAUGAAGCUUUAUGCUUUCUUACUGUUUUAAUGAAAUGGUUGAACCUGACAUUUUUUAUACAGAAGAAAAAAAAAACUGUUAAGAAAUUCACACAAAAAAAAUAUGUGCAAGUUAUUAAUCAUUAUGUGCUUUUUGUAGUUUCAUUUUUUUCAAUUGUUUUGGGCCCAUAAAGUAAUAAAAAUAAAUUGAUCAAC